AAAAGUUAACAGGGUUUUAUUGAUAUCUUUCGUAAUAAUAAUUAUAUUUGGAAAAAAAAUAUAUAUAUGCUCUAAAAUCAUUGAUAAACGUGAGAAAAAAAAAGUUGCUUCCUUUGGAAGUUGUUGAAUAUGAAAACAGAAUUAAAUGUGAACAAAUGAUACCUAAUUAAAUAUUUUGAUUUAGUUUUAUUUUUGAAACAUGUGAACUCAUGGGACUAUACAAUAUACAUCAAAUUUCAAGGGUCGUACCUUCAUAAACCCGAUGCCGCAAGUCUCGCCUUCUGAACCUCACAAAGCUGUUGCAUGAGAGAACAAAACACAGGGCCACUCCAUAUGGCCGAGUCAACUCGGCAGCUUCUUCCCGGUUCGAACUUUCCCGAGUCACAGCUCCGGCAACCGCCGCCAAUAACCCUCGACGACAAAAUCGAGCGGUGUAUUGGAAACUUCAGCUGGGCUCAAGCAUCGUCUGAUACUCAGUUCUUUCAGGCCGCUCUAGUCUCCUUCUCCGGCGUCUUCGAUGCCCAACAAACCUUCAUCACCGUCUUCACCGACUCAGAACCGAAGUGGCACUGUACCGAGUCCCACCGAAUCGACUCGUUCUGCAACUCACCUACCGCUGCCGACGUCUGCAGCCUCCCUGGCGACGCCUGGUCCUGGGAUUUUUCUCCGACCGUCUCGAUUAUAUCGGAAUGGGGCCUACAGUGUGCAGGAUCGUUCGUCGUGGGCUUGCCCGCGUCGUCGUUCUUCGUCGGAUGUCUAAUCGGCGGUCUGAUUUUGUCGACACUAGCUGAUUCGUCUCUCGGUCGGAAAAACAUGCUGUUCAUGUCAUGUCUCGUGAUGUCUCUGUCUUCUAUGUUAACAGCUUUCUCUACCAACAUCUGGGUUUACGCCGUCAUGAGAUUUGUGAAUGGUUUUGGUCGUGCAACGAUCGGGACUUGUGCUCUUGUGUUAUCGACGGAAUUGGUCGGGAAUAAAUGGCGAGGAAGAAUUGGGAUUAUGAGUUUCUUCGGAUUCAUGUUGGGGUUUUUGUCGCUCCCGAUAAUGGCUUUCAUAAACCAGGGAAAUUCAUGGAGGAAUCUUUACCUCUGGACAUCGAUUCCGACCAUAAUUUACUCUGUUUUGGUCCGAAUCUUCGUACGCGAGUCUCCGAGGUGGCUUCUCGUGAAGGGUCGUAAAGAAGAAGCCGUUUCAAUCCUCCAAAGCAUCGCCUCUCCGACCGACAACAACAAUGGCGGUCGUGUCAAUGUCAGCUUCUCGAGCUUACCGUUCGAGCAAGAACCAGAAGGCCCUAACGUCAACAUAUACGCAGCGGUGAAGAUUCUUGUGCAGAAGAGAUGGGCGUUAAGGAGAUUAUCGGCGGUAAUGGCGGUAGCAUUUGGCAUUGGAUUGGUCUACUACGGAAUGCCAUUAGCUUUAUCGAAUCUAAACUUCAACGUUUACCUUAGCGCGGCGUUCAACGCGUUAAUGGAUUUACCCGCGAACUUGAUAACGUUCUUCCUCGUAGAUAAACUCAGCAGGAAGAAGGCAUUGAUCGGAUUCACAGCCAUGGGUGGAGUUUCAAGCCUUCUCAUAUUCAUACAACACAAUCUAACGCUCCAUAACGGGGCGUCACAGCUUGUGCUAGAGCUGGUUUCUUACUUCAGUGCGUGUUCAGCGUUCAACAUGGAGCUUAUUUACACGAUUGAACUCUUCCCCGCGUGCGUGAGGAACUCUGCCAUAGCAAUGGCGAGACAGGCGUUGGUGCUCGGCGGGGUUUUCAGCCCGGUGAUGGUGGCGGCUGGUCGGAGAAACGUGUUCUGGUCGUACGGACUGUUCGGGCUGAUCAUACUCGUGUCGGGAUUGUUCGUGAUUGGAUUGCCCGAAACAAGAGGAAGUGUUUUAUGUGACACUAUGGACGAGGAAGAGUACAAGGAGAGGACGCAGAGGAGAUACGAUGGUGUUCAUGAUGAUGAGGAUGAUCUUCUUCUUGCUUGAUUCUCUCCUGCUUUGUUGGAACUGGAAAUACGUUAGAAAUUUCAUAUCCGCUAAUGUCGGAUCUAUUC